UGCGUGCGCGAGACUGAUUUGACUAGUUUAAGCGCGUGAUAUACGCCAGGCUUGUGUGUCGACGGCACAUAGUGUGAAGAAGAGAAGCGCGUGUUAACGCGUAGAGAGGAGGAAAGCCCGUUAAUGGACACUGACGACUGGAGAACACACUUAGUCUAGUUCUUUAUUUCAAGUGUUGACAGCCUGACAGCAUUAGGGAUAACUUAUCUCACAGUCUCUAUCCUAUUUAUGGGGUAAAUUCUGUAAGUUUUUCAAGUACCGCCGGUAGUUGUGCGUAAUGGGCUGGCAUUUGUGUCGCUCUGUAUCCGCGUUUUCGCGAUGCGGGGAACGAGGCGGUUGACGCGCAAAAUCCUUUACAAUAGUUAAAUGUGUUUUGUUACUGGAUAUUUAAUCUCGGACUCAUUUCUGUAGUAACUGUCACCGACUUGCGUGCACAACUGGAUACAAAAAAAUGACUUUUCAAAUAUUUUUCUUCAUGUUUGCUUUACCGGGAUUGAUUUUGUCGGACCCCGUCCAUUCAAACCAAGUGAUUCUCUUGGACACUACAGCUGUGCUGGGAGAACUAAGCUGGAAGACCUACCCAAUAAAUGGGUGGGAUGCCAUCACGGAGAUGGAUGAGCAUAACCGUCCCAUCCACACCUUCCAGGUGUGCCACGUAAUGGAACCCAACCAGAACAACUGGCUUCGUACAAACUGGAUUCCCCGUCAGGCUGCACAGAAGAUCUACGUGGAGCUUCGCUUCACCCUGCGGGACUGCAACAGCAUCCCCUGGGUCUCUGGCACCUGUAAGGAGACUUUUAACCUCCUCUACUUUGAGACAGAUGAGCCGCAUGGUGCCACUGCUCAUUUCCAUACCAACGACUACGCCAAAAUCGAUACCAUAGCCGCCGACGAGAGCUUCACACAGACAGACCUGGGCGACCGUGUUCUGAGGCUGAAUACCGAAGUGCGAGAAGUGGGCCCAAUAGCUCGUAAGGGUUUCUACUUGGCCUUCCAGGACGUGGGCGCAUGUAUCGCCCUGGUGUCUGUGAGAGUUUAUUACAAAAAGUGCCCAUCUACCCUGAGAAACCUUGCAGCCUUCCCCGACACAGUACCGCGGGUGGAUUCGUCUUCACUGGUGGAGGUCAGGGGAGCGUGUGUUGAGAACGCUGAGGAACGUGACACACCUAGGCUGUACUGUGGAGCUGAUGGUGAUUGGCUGGUGCCGCUGGGCCGUUGUGUCUGCAGCAUAGGCUAUGAGGAGAGUGACGGUCUCUGUAUUGCCUGCAGACCUGGGUUCUACAAAGCCUUUGCAGGAAACAUCAAAUGUUCAAAGUGUCCCCCACACAGUUCCAGCCACACAGAGGGUUCGGCACAAUGUCACUGCGAAAAAAACUACUACAGAGCCAGCAAGGACCCUCCCACCAUGGCCUGCACACGACCGCCCUCCUCUCCUCGAAACAUGGUUUUUAACAUCAAUGAGACCGCCCUCUUUCUGGAGUGGACUCCGCCCAGCGACACAGGUGGUCGGAAGGAUGUAACCUAUAAUGUCUUCUGUUUCCGAUGUGGAGCUGAUGGCCAGGCCUGUGAGGCAUGCAACAGCAACAUGCGCUUCGUACCCAAACCCACGGGCCUCACAAGCACCUCUGUGGUGGUCCAGGACUUUGUGGCGCAUGCCAACUACACAUUCCAAAUUGAGGCUCUGAAUGGAGUGUCAGGCUUGGGCAGAUCUGAGAGACAGCUUGCCAAUAUCACCGUCAGCACAGAGCAGGCUGGUGAGUAG